AUGUCCUCAAUCCCAACCUCCGAAGAGAAUCUCCCUUUCUUUGAUCCCCCAUCCACAGAGCUUCCCAACCCCCCGGUCCCUUAUACCACAGGCUGGAUCUUCACUGCGCACAUCCCUUCGCAAAUUUUCACUGUGCGGGUUUUACAUGCGACCUCAGCAUCCAAGGUGCCCCGGGAUGACACAAGACUUGUUGCGAAAAUAUAUGACCCGCUCUAUUUCGAUGACGACGGGGGAUUCCUCAACCCUUUCCUUUGCGUCAAUGAGCACUAUACCCAUGAGGCGAAUGUGUAUCACCAUCUCUCUCAGUUUCAGGGGCAAGGCAUCCCUCGAUUUUACGGAUCAUAUUCUGUAAAUCUGGCCGUCGAUUCGAAGCAAACCCGAACUGUGCGAAUGAUUUUGAUCAAAUACAUCCAUGGAGUGACCAUGCGAGAUGCAAAGCCAGAGCACUACUCCCAGUCAGCCCGGCAAAAGAUCCUCAAAUCCAUUGUGGAUCUAGAUAGCCGGGUGUACGAGAAAAAUAUUCAGCUCCAGGAUCUUCACCCCCGGAAUGUGAUCAUAAGCUCGCCAGAUCGAGACCCUUCCGGUGUGGUGUUCAUUGAUUUUGGAAAAACACUCUUUAGUCGUCGACCAGACGAUCCAUUUGCUUUGAAGCUGGACUGGUUUUACGGCCAGUUCGGAGAUUGGAUUGACUGGGACUGGGAUGCGUGGCUGGAAACCGAGUUUGCUCACACACCGGGGAAUAUCACACCAGAUAUGCGAAAGAGGUGGCCAUAG